UCUACUGUUUGAUUGGACGCUGUGAACGUCAUUAACGUACGUACUGUUACAUCACACGCAAGGGUCAAGAGAAAAGAAGCAUGGCCGCCGUGUUAAGAGGGUCUCGGUACCUAGGUGGAAAGUGUUUCAAGCAUGUUGACUUUGCAUUCGUCUCCACUAGGUCUUUGGCCUCGAAGACACCGGUGGGUUUCAUUGGUCUGGGCAAUAUGGGAAACCCAAUGGCGAAGAACCUGCUGAAGCACGGAUACCCAGUCAUCGCUACUGAUGUGUUCCCGGAGUCCUGCAAGGAAGUGCAAGAGCUGGGCGCUCAGAUCGUGGAUAAUCCUGCUGAGGUAGCGGAGAAGGCUGACCGCAUUGUCACCAUGCUCCCCUCUAGUCCCAAUGUCAUUGAUGCAUACACUGGACCCAAUGGCAUUCUCAAAAAGGUGAAGAAGGGCUCCCUACUCAUUGACUCCAGCACCAUCGACCCAGCAGUUUCAAAAGAUAUGGCUGCAGCUGCUGAGAAGAUGGGGGCAGUUUUUAUGGAUGCACCUGUAUCAGGAGGUGUGGGUGCUGCCAGUUCGGGUAAACUAACAUUCAUGGUUGGCGGCGCAGAGGCGGAAUUCACUGCAGCAAAAGAACUGCUUACAUGCAUGGGAGCUAAUGUGGUUUACUGCGGUCAGGUUGGAACUGGACAGGCUGCUAAAAUCUGUAACAACAUGCUUCUAGCCAUUGGAAUGAUUGGGACUUCGGAAACCAUGAACUUAGGAGUCAGACUUGGUCUUGAUCCUAAACUGUUGGCUAAGAUCCUGAACAUGAGUUCAGGCCGCUGCUGGUCCAGUGACACCUACAACCCCGUGCCUGGCGUCAUGGAGGGAGUCCCGUCCGGGAAUAACUACCAGGGAGGCUUCGGCACACAGCUGAUGGCAAAGGAUCUGGGCCUCGCACAGAACACAGCCACCAACACAAAGACCCCUGUCCCACUCGGCUCGCUGGCCCAUCAGAUCUACCGUAUGAUGUGCGCUCGUGGUUAUGCCAAUAAAGAUUUUUCCUCCGUGUUCCAGUUCUUGCGUGAGGAGGAGGGCGGCCAGUGAUUUCUGUCUCCACCCGUCCACAGCCUGGCCAGGUCAGGCCUGGCCAUGCACGGGACCAACAUAGCGUGGUUGCAUUUCGCCCCCCCCCCCCCAGGAAGUUGUGAAAGACAUGAAAUCAAGAGAGCUCCAACACAGUGUGACGGAUCGCACGAGCACUUCUCAUCCUAUUGGAAAUCAUGUUUCCUGUGGGAUCCAUAGCCUCCUUACUGCAGCACUCCUUUUCAGUUUUAGAAGUUGGUGAACUGAUACACAGUUAAUCCAAAGGAUUAGUGGACUGUCGAGCAGCGGCAGCAGACCUUUUUUUAAAGAGUCUGUUGUGAAUUUUUCUUAAGAAGUUGUGUUUGUCAAAGCUUGACAUCUGCAAACUUGGUUUAGUCUCCACAUAUGUAUCUAGUGUUUAUCAUUUCUUUGUUGUGAUUAUUUUUCUUUUUCUGGGGAUACUUAUUUUGACAAUGGAAAUGUUACUUUGGUGUAAGCGUUCUAAUAUCAUAUCCUGAUGGUAAAUAAAUACAAAUCCAAAUGUC